GGAACGGGACAGAAGAAGAACAGAACGUCAGACCUAAGACAGACUUAGAUCGGGAAGAAGAAGGCUUGUGCCGCUCCACCAAACCUGUGAACCGCCAGCCACAAGCGUCAUCCCUCCUCGCCGAUGCUGCACCACCGUACCCCACCUCCAGGACCGCACGUCCUUUGACCGUGUUGUCCGCUCGACCGUCGUCCACAGGACCGCACGACCACUGUCCACACUUCUGACUUCUCCGCACUUCCGCAGUAGCGCACUUCCGAACUCGACAUUACCGGCUAUGGCAUCCCAAUGUGCUAGCACCCAAGAUUCAAUAGGUAUUAGUGGUGCACCAACAAAUCAAUGUGUACCGGUUGGUUCAUCUACCGGUGAGGAGUCUAAAGAAGUGACUGCUUCAAAAGAUCAAGCAGAUCAUAUGAUUGGGGGACAAUGAAAGAAAAGAAGCAAAUGGUGGGAUUACUUUGACGAGGUUGAGGUAAAUAACAUUAAAAAAGCGAAAUGCCAAGAGUGCAAAAAGUUACUGGGAGGUGAUCCAAAGAAUGGUACUAGUCAUUGUUCUAAAAAUCGGCCUAGGCGGUCCGAUUAAUCGGCCUAGGCGGCCAUAACUGUAGAGGCCGAGUCGGCCUAGUCGGCCAAAAAAUCGGCCUAGUCGGCCAAAAAAUCGGCCUAGUCGGCCGCCUAGGCGCUAGGCGCCCCUCAACCGCCCGACUAGCGCCUAGCGAGUUUUAGAACAAUGAUACUAGUCAUUUGAAGGAGCACGUUAACCGAUGUCCAAGAAGGACAAGAGGUGGAGAUAUAAAAUAAAUGGUCUUAAAGACCAAUUCGAAAGGGGAUGUUUGUCAUGCGUCUUAUAAUGAGGGAGAAGGGAGAAUCACACUAGCCAAGAUGGUCAUCUUGCACGAAUAUUCUCUUUCCAUAGUCGAACAUAAGGGAUUCAGAGAAUUCACAAGCACCAUUCAGCCUCUUUUCAAAUGUCCUUCACGCAAUUCCUUGAAAAGUGACAUUUUGAAGGUUUAUGCAGAAGAAAGAUGCAAAGUUCUGAAUUUAUUAGAAGGUAAUGAUUGUAGGGUGGCUGUUACUACUGACAUGUGGACUUCAACCAAUCAAAAGAGGGGAUUCAUGGCAAUCACAGCCCAUUUCAUUGAGAAAUCUUGGGUUUUACAUAAUCAAAUCUUAAGGUUCAUAUAUGUGCAUUGCCCACAUACAAGUGAAGCGUUAACAGAGGUAUUGAUCGAGGCAUUGAUGGAGUGAAUCUGGACUCUAGAUUAUCUACAAUUACAGUAGAUAAUUGCUCAACUAAUGAUAGCAUGAUUGGCAAGUUGACCAAUAAAUUGAAUAUUGAACAUUUGUUGAAAGAUGGUGCUUUGUUACACAUGCGUUGUUCAACCCAUAUCCUUAAUCUUGUUGUGAAGAUUGGUCUAGAUGUUAUUAAAGACUUUAUUAAUACUGUAAGAGAUAGUGUGGUUUUCUGGACAACAUCUCCAAAGAGGGUAGAGAAAUUUGAAGAGGUUUGUCGGGGAAUGAAGUUGCCCUAUACCUAAAAGUUAGGCUUGGAUUGUCCGACUAGGUGGAAUUCAACUUUUUUGAUGUUAAAAUCAGCUUUGCUUUAUAAGAGUGUGUUUCCUAGGCUUAAAAUGCGUGACUCACAGUAUAAAGACGUGCCUUGUGAAAGUGAGUGGGAGAUUGAAAAAGAAGUGUGUGAUAAAUUAGAGUUGUUUUAUUCUGCCACAGAAAUGUUUUCUGGGACAAAAUAUCCAACUGCUAAUUUAUUUUUCCCAAAAAUUUGUGAGAUCAGAUUAGAGUUGGAGGAAUGGGCCCAUUCACCGGAGAUAGUUAUUAGUAUGAUGGCAGGAAGCUAAGCAUGUUGGGAAAGUUUAAGGAUUAUUGGUUAGUUCAUAAGUUGAUGGGUGUUGCAGUGGUAUUAGACCCGAGGUAUAAGAUGGCCUUGCUUAGGUAUUAUCUUCCUAUGGUAUAUCCGAAGGAUCACGAGAAAGAAGUUUAUAACAUUCAGCAACUUUGCUAUGAUCUGAUCAAGGAAUAUAAAAAAAAAGGAGGAUGUUAUUUGUGAUGAGAGUGAGACUAAUUCAACAAGUACAAUAACCAUUCGCAUGAGUGGAUUUCAAACAUUUGUGAAAAGACUGAAAACAUCAACUUCCAAUUGUAGAACGGAGUUAGAUCAUUAUUUGGAUGAUGAUGUUUUGCCAAUGACCGAUGAUUUCAAUAUUUUAUUGUGGUGGAAAGUUAACGGGGUCAAGUACCCUACUUUGCAAGCCAUUACCAAAGAUAUUUUGGCAAUUCCUGUUUCUACGGUUGACGUGCACUUUUCGUGAGGUGCACUCAAAAUAAAUACAAUACAACGAAUAUACGUAGUAUAACAAAGUACGGUUCGUAUCCACAGGGAAAGAAAUACUUUUCUUUUAUAUAAUUAGUAACAAAGGGG